CCCCCGGACCGAGACUGACAGCGCCGGGACCGAAACCGGGAGCCCCGAGACCGAGAGCCCCGGGACUGAGACCCUCGGGGCCGACCGAGGCGGAGAUCGAGACCGGUGUCGGUGUGGGCUCGUCGGUCCCGCUGUGCGCGGGGACCUUGAAGGUCCCUGUGCCCACUAGCGAGGGAGGUGACGAGAUCCAUGCGGGAAAAGUUUCCCCGUUUCAGGUGGCCGAGGCCGGAGCAGGGCAGAGCUUCCCUGUGCUAGUGUGGGCUCUGUGUGGAUGAGCCUCGGAUAUGAAGGAUGGCCAGCACUCCUGGGAAUCAGAAAAUCACACACAUGGAAAAUUCUCAAGGGAAGAAGUCCCAGCAUGCAGAAGAAACCAUUUUCUACAUGAACUGCAGAGCAGCUUAUCUGAGUGUCUUAAAGAGCAGCUUGGAAAAUAUUAAAUCAAAAGAACAGCUCAGUUUAGUACUUCAACAGGCUGGAAGAAAUCCUUCUCAGAAGACCAUUAACAAAUACUGGACUUCACAAACAACUUCACUGAAUUUUGAUGAUUUUUGUGCCAUUUUAAGAAAAGAAAAGCCAGCUACAAAAAAUGAACUGCUCGAAGCGUUUGGAAAAAUAGACACAGAUAAGGCUGGAUAUAUUUUACAUGAUGAGCUUUAUAAAAUUCUUACAACAAGAGGUGAUAAAAUGACCUGGGAGGAAGUGAGCAGCAUUACUAAACAAGCUGAUUUUAACUGCAGUGGCAAGCUCGACUACAACAAGUUCUGUGAGCUGUACCUGACCACCAGGGAGCAGUGCUGCAAGGCUGCCAGGGCCAGGCUGGAAACCGACCCUCGGCUGAGGCAGCAGCACUUCGGGAAUCAAACUGGGAAUGACUUCGGGAAUCAAACUGGGAAUGUCUCUGAAGGGAUCACCCUGCCAAAACCAUCCCCGAGGGCCUCCAGGAAAGCUGAUCACAAACUACCUAAAGGUGACAGCAGAGCUCCUUCAAGACCUUCAUCGGCUCCAAGCAGCAAAGCUUCCACCUGCACCACUGUCACCGUGGGUGCCAGCAGCAGCAGGAACACAAAGCUAAUUCUUGAGCCUGACACAAUGAAGGAAUGGCAACGUGCAGAAUCCAAAGGCUGCUUCUACCUGGAGGAAGAUGGCGAAAUCAUCAGCCACAAGUACAGGCUGCACCUACCCCACAGAUCUGCAGUCUGUGUCACCAUCAAACCCUGCAGGAUUCCCCAGGCAGAAAGAAAAUCCUGUCACUGGUUGUCAGUGGAUACAGCUUUGUUUAUUCUGAAGGAAAAUGAAACCCAAGAGAAUCUACAGCUUGUGAGCUUUACUGAACUCCAAAAUGAGGAGAUGUUUGGCUGGAGGGGAGAACUUGGAGCUGGGGUUUACUGGCUGCUCCCUUUCACAACUGGCUGCAGGCUGAGGAAGGUAAAAACCCAAAUAACUGGAGAAGCCAAACUGGUGUGGAGGGAUGAAGAUGGAGAGCUGGCUCUCACCAAGGAAUUCCGAGCUGCUUUGUUGGAUAUAUUUGAGAUGAUUGAUUUGGAUGGGAAUGGCCUGCUGAGCCUGGAGGAGUACAACUUCUUUGAGCUGAGGACUAGUGGGGAGAAGUGUGACCAGGAAGCCUGGGCUGUGUGCAAGGAAAAUUUUGAGAUGAGGAAGAAUGAACUAACAAGACAAGGAUUUCUGGAUCUGAAUCUCAUGGAAGCCAACGACCGGGAUGGGGAUCCUCAGGACCUUUGGGUCACUUUGCUGUCCCUGGGCUACAACAAAGCCUUAGAAAUGACAGAGGCCUGCCCCUUUGUGGUUGCCAUCUGUGCAGAGAGGUGCAGACCCAGAAUUAAAGCUGUUUCUCUGGAGGCAGGGGGCUCCCAGCUCAGCAGGGCUGUGUGCAGGGCUGUGGUGAAUAAAGGAGAGGCCAAAGUGCUGCAAGGCUCUGAGAACAUCUUCAUCCACACCUACAGAUCAGGCAGCAGGAUCAGCUCUGUGAUAGAAAACAAGUCUGAAAACAAAGUGAUAAUUCAUGUCAACAAUGAGCAGAGUAAGAACUGCCUGAACAACAGGGGACUGACAGUUUUUGCUGUGGAAGUGGCUCCAAAAUCCAUGAUGGUGUGCCAGCACGUGAUGGCCCUGAACGAGCAGGAGGAGUGGAUUUACAGCUGUGUGCACUCCCUGGUGUGUUAAAGCUCCCAGUGCCAGGGCUGGGAGCAGCCACUCUGAACCAGGAUUGGCUUUGGGCAGCCCUCAGACAAUUCAUAGCUCUUGUCCUUCUCAAAAAGCUGGCAUGCAUUUAUAUUUCUUGAUUAUUUUGACAUGGAAACAAUGAGGCACAAUCAAAAUUAGUGCUGUUCAGUAAUCCAGCUGCCAGUUGUAAUAUAAUUGUGCUUUAUAUGGGAUCAUUUCCCUAAAUAUGUUCUUAUUUUCCAUACCAUGGACUGUAAUUCCAUCGCAGGCUGGAACUGCUUCACUGAGGAAAAACUCUGUGUAAUGGAUUCCUAAUUAAACAUUCCUGCAGUUUUGAUGUGAGAGAUAUAAAGGGAUGAGGCUCAUUUUAUUUUGUCCCUUGAUAAAGGGUUUGUUUCUUUCCUUUUUUUUUUGUCAUUUGCUGAUAAUCCUCAUCUUACUCUUGUUCUGUAAUUUCUGCCUGAUUUUAUACUCUUUAAUGUAAAAUAAAAUCUGCCUUUCCAUAUGCAAUAAGGAAAUAACAUCAUUUGAGAAAAAUGAAGUUUUGUCUUGGGCUCUUGACUGUUAACAGCAAUUAAUUAUUCCCAGGGCAACUGAAAUAAGAAGACUGAAGUGCACUAAGUUUAGGCUGCAAAUGAAAACCAGCUUUGAGGUACUGAAAACAUUCAGCUUAUUAUAUUUUUCUGGUUCCUCUAAAUAUCUGUUAAUGUGGAGAAAAAAAAUGAUGACCCUUUCCACUGAGUGUUUGAAAAGUGUUUGAGUUUAAAAUAGCCAUUAAAUGUGUGUGACCUCA